CUGUCCCUUGCUCUGAACCUAUGCAUAGGUUCUGUAAUUCGUACACUACAAUACAGCGCUCUGCAUUGAAGCUCACACGACCAGCAUGACGACGACAAUCGUCGACAGAACGCCAGAAGGCAUCAUCUACCGCGCCGCAAAGACAUUGCCUCUCCCGGACCUCGACAUCCUCACGCUCCUCUUUGACUCAGAGCACUCGCUCGCAAAGGAAGACACACCAAUCCAUAUCUCGGCCGCCGAUCCGUCUCUACGGGUCACCGUCUCCAGCUGCCGGGCCCUCGCACAGUCGACUUCCGCCGCGCUGCGCAAACACUUCAACAUCGGCGCUCAUGGGCCAGGGAAGGACAUCGUGUCCAUAGUUUCAAACGGGCACUACCUGCUGCCGACGCUCUUCUACGGCAUCAUCGGUGCAGGCGGCGUCUUCAGCGCGGCGAGCGCGGCGGGCACGGUGGGCGAGCUGAGCAAGCAGAUCGUCCAGGCUGAGAGCAAGAUAGUGGUGACGUGCGAGGCGACGAGGGAGACUGCGGUGCGAGCAGCGGAGCAGGCAGGGUGGGGACAGGGUGGUGGGGGACGCGUGAUCGUCAUGAGCGAGGGUGCAUCGUGGACGCUCAAGGCCGUGCAGGGCGACGGAAGUCUGGGCCCCAACCUGGUCGACGAGAGGGAAAAGCUGGAGUGGCAGCGCAUCACCGACCGCGCCGUGCUGGAGAACAGCCUCGUGAUCCUCAUCUACAGCUCGGGCACCACGGGGCUGCCCAAAGGCGUCAAGCUCUCCCACGCCAAUCUCGUCGCCGAAACCAUGAUUCCCGGGAACGUGCUCAAAUCCUGGCUGACGGCUCGCAACGCGGAGCCCAACCGGCCCAAAUUCGAGUACAGCACCAUUGCCCACUUGCCCGUCGCCCACAUCGCAGGCAUCCAGGGCUACCUGCUCAACCCGUUCUACAUGGGCGGAUCCGUGCACUGGAUGCCGCGCUUCGACUUUGCCCAGUUCCUCACCUACAGCGUGAAGUACCGACUCUCGUACCUCUUCAGCGUGCCGCCCAUCUGGGUGCUCAUCGCCAAGAGCCCCGUCGUGACGGACCAGUUCAGGCUGCUUGAGGUCGCCGUCAGCGGCGCAGCGCCACUGGGGAAGGAGCUGCAGCUUGCCGCGUCGGCCAAGGCGGGCGGGCCCGAGUGCUUCAUCAGCCAGACGUGGGGGCUGAGCGAGACGACGGGCAUGGCGACGAUGCUGCCGCUGGAUACGCGGGACGACACGGGCUCGGUGUCGUCGCUGCUGCCGAACAUGGCGGCGCGGCUCGUCGACGACGCCGGGCGCGACGUCGAGCCCGGGGCGCCGGGAGAGGUGCUGAUCAAGGGCCCCGUGGUGUGCAAGGGGUACUACCGCAACGACGCGGCCAAUGCGGAAGCGUUCACGGGCGACUGGUUCUACACGGGCGACAUUGCCGAGUUCAGGAACGGCAUGUUCUACAUUGUCGACCGCAAGAAGGAGCUGAUCAAGUACAAGGGCCUGCAGGUUGCGCCGGCGGAGCUGGAGGCGCUGCUGCUGAGCCACGCGGACAUUGGUGACGCGGCGGUCAUCGGGGUGGAUGCGGACGAGGGCACCAACGAGGUGCCGCGGGCGUAUGUCGUGGCGGACCGGAGCAAGAUCAGCGCGCAGGCGAUUGCCGACUUUGUCAAGGCCAACGUGGCGAAUCACAAGCAGCUGAGGGGCGGCGUGGUGUUCCUGGAUGUGAUCCCCAAGUCGCCGAGUGGGAAGAUCUUGCGCAAGGACUUGAGGGUGCUGGCGAAGCGGGAGCAGGGUGCGAAGCUGUAGGGUUGUGUACCUACAACCACCCCGGAGCGAGGGACCGAGACGCUGUGUAAACAAAAUUGACACGAUGACCACUUCGAUCGAAGCGUGCCACCUGCUUGAGAGCCUGUCGCACGUUGCAUCCGACAGCCGGGGGCGUUGGAGCAGCACGGCGACGGAGAACCGGUCGACGGGCCUUG